UCAAGAUAUUGAAGAUCAAAAUCUGUUGCAGCAUAUUAAGGCUUCCGAAGGAGGGACUGCCACCUUCGCUGGUGGAACUGGAAAUCGACGAUUGCAGCAUUGAGUUGUCAGAACGAUGCAGAUUGCUAGCAACAAGCAAGCUAAAGGUCAAAAUUGAUGAUGACUAUGUGCUACUUGCUGUUUACAGUGGAGCUCCUCUACAAACUUAAAAUUUUCUUUCAUUUACAGUGCUACUUGCUGUUGCAACAAACAUUGCUGCUGUAAAGAUACAUUCCAAAAAUAAUUGCACAUUCAAUCUUUUUUUACAUGGUGCAGAAAUACAACUUUCUUCAGUAGGAGAAGGAAAGCACAUAGCAGGGUUUGGUGGUGGUCCAGAUCAUAGCUCUGUGCGGGGUCACAUGGGAAGGCCAGGCGUUCGGAUCGGGUUCGGAUUAACUGUGAGUGCCAACGUCCUGGUUGUCCCAGUUCGGGUGCUGCGAUGGAUUUGGGAGGAAAGGUGCUUCAGCAAAAGUAGCGGCCAUCACUCUACAGAAAGGUCAGCCAUGGACAUCAUCUUCACCAUCUUGGCGUCCAUCGCCGUGGCGUGCUCCGACAGGAAGAACCUUCCCAAGGCCCUCAUCUCCGGCGGGAUCUUCAAGGCUGCGGCGGCACUCUGCCUCGUCUUCUUCCAAGGGCCGGGAGGCGUGUUCCUCCACCAUGGGAAGGCCCCCUACUACCUCUACUACGGCAUCCUCGUCACCAUUGCCAUCUUUGGGCUCGUGGAGGCGUCCGUUGGAUGUUGGGUUUCUGGGAGGCUGGAUGACCGGCACGCCGCCGGGAAGGCGGUCCUCUGCGUGUCCAUCCUUCCUCUUGUCUGUGUGGCGGCGUUCGGGGGCUUCGUCGUCCUGAGGAAGGUGAACUAGCUAGCUAGCUGAGCCAGCUGUGGCAUCGGAGUACAUCCUGUAUAUGAAUGUCACAUGUGUUAGCAAAGUUGGCGCAAGAAUAAUCAGUGCAGUGGUGUUGUGUGACAUCUAUCAUUUGAUCAACAGAGAAAUUGACUUCUCUGAUAUCUUUUGAUCGAUAAUUCUAAGUAGCUAGACAAGUCCAUUUCUCUGAAUAUCAGACAAUC